GACAAGGCACCGACGAUGCAGCAAAGAAAGCAAAGAGAGUGCGCAACCUGGGCAAGCGGCUGCGGCAGAUUGAGGAGCUCAAGGCGCGUGUUGCAGCAGUGGGAGGCAGCAUGGCGGGGCUGGAUGUGGCUCAGAAGGAGAAGCUGGAGCAGGAGGCAGCAAUUGAGGAGCUGAAGGCGCGGGUGGCAGCAGCAGGGGGCAGCACAGCAUGGCUGGACGCGGCUCAGAAGGAGAAGCUGGAGCAGGAGGGUGCUAUUAGAGCGGAGCUGGCAUCUUUGCAGGGGUGUGGUAGCAGCAGGGGGCAGCAUGGCGGGGCUGGACGCGGCUCAGAGGGAGAAGCUGGAGCAGGAGGCAGCAGUGAGGGCAGAGCUGGCGAGCUUGCAGGGGUAGAGUGCGGUGGGACAGGGUUACUCACGGUGGCAGCAGCGGGGGGCAGCACAGCGGGGCUGGACGCAGCUCAGAAGGAGAAGCUGGGGCAGGAGGCAGCAGUGAGAGCAGAGCUGGCAUCUUUGCAGGGGUAG